GGGUGCAUUUUGUGAGAGAUUGUUCAUUUCAUGAGUAGUGGUAGCAGGAGCAGUUACAUAUCUCAGAAUAUAUUCCUAAUUGGCUUACUUGAAGAGGCCUUCCUUGACUAAUUCUCCUGAAAAAAGAAAACAUGAAGGUGCUAUGGCUGGCAGUCUUGUGUCUCGUCGCGGUGGCGGCGGGACUUCCUAUGACGAAAGACACGGCGUGCUCGACGCUGAUGGUGGAGCUGCGCGCGGGGCUGCAGGGGCGUGGCGGUAGGGAUGCCCUGGGGCCGGAGGGCGGCGCCCCAGGGAGCCUCAGUCUGCGGGUCUGCGACGCAGACGGCGACUCAGCGCUCACUUACGCAGAGUUUGCCGGAUGUGUCCAGCGUGAGAUGGCGGCACUCCGGACUGACAGGGGCGAGGCUAUUGGAGUCCCCUGCCUGGAAAAAUUCGCAACGAAGGCCGACAAGAACAGCGACCUGAUGGUGGACGAAGAGGAGCUGGUCACCUGGGCGACCAAGUUCAACGCGUUCAUUUGGAGUGAAUAUGAUGAAAACUAUGAUUACGAGUAUGAGUAUGAUGACUAUGAUGAGUAUGAUGACUCAGAGUAUUUUGACUGGGAGUAUGAUGAUUCAGAGUAUGAUGACUUAGAGUAUGAUGACUCAGAGUAUGAUGACUCAGAGUAUGAUGACUCUGAUCAUGAUAAUGGACGAUGAAGAGGAUAACUUACGUAAGAGCCAAAAAUGCACAUGACUUUGGUUAAGAUUUCGAUUGGGCGAUAUUGAAUCCAACACGAAACAAAAACAUGAAGAAGGUUUAACCAUGUGGCAUGUUACCACGUAAAUUUAAUCCAAUAAAUUUCAGACCGGGAGAAUUUAUCAUAUUUACUUACGAAAUGAGCAUUUGUGAUGGUCUCAUCAAUUUGAUUCACAUGCCUAGUGCUUUGCCUCAACUACUUUAGUUUGCCCUCCAUAGCUCGGCGCCAGAAUUCUCGUAUCGACGCACGACUGCGUCUGCUUAUGCCAUGAAAUUGUGGGUACGAUCAAGCUAGAAUUACACUUUUAUAUCGCUAGAGUCCAGUAUUAAUUUUUUUUGACAUUGUUACAGCGAAAUUUGCGGAAAACUUAUACAAAUAAAACGGACAGGUACGGCUUAAAAGUUGUGCUGUUAGCGAUCAAUGAAUAUUGUAGUGAUGAAGUAGUGAGCUUGUAUAAGAAGAGUUAUAUUUUUGUGCAUCAUGUCAGUUUUUCGCUUUGUUAACCGCUUUUUGUAUGCCAUCUUCAUGGGCAUAGUUUUGCGGGGCAUUGCUAUCUUGAGAAAAAGUACUUAUUUAUAUAUGCAUUCGCAGCUUUACCGAUAAAAAUGCGCUUCAACUUUGUAUUGUCUCAGAUAACCUAACUAAUUCUCUAACUAAUGACCUAACUAAUCCUCUAUUUAUACAGCGAUAUCAAAAUUAGUAUAUAUGUAUAAUCUUCGCAACUAUAGCGACUACGUGAAAUGUAAAUGUUUGCGUGGCUCCUGAUUUGCGGUGAGUCCAGCGCGCCUGAAUUCCUUCUAGUAAAAUACAAGCAAAUAUGCCGGUGAAGUUGA